AUGGCAAACGUCUUGACCUUGGUCCCAAGUUUGACGUCACUCACACCAAUGCCAUACUCCAUCCCGGGUACACCGUCUCAAGGCCACCCAGGUCACCGCCGUUCACACUCCAAUAUAUCCUUCGUCACUGGUGGCGCAUACACUCCCAUGGCACCACCCCGUCGGAAGACGGUCUCUACACCCAGGUUCCAUCUAAAAUCAGACGACGAAGAUUCGUCUCAUUCAGACAACGACGACGCUGCUCCUGCACCAGUCAUGAAAACUGCACCUUCUCAUUCAGUAGGACCCGUCCCCUUCCCGCGCACUUCUCCCCUUUCCAGCCCCGUCCCUCAACAAGCCAAGGUCCCUUUUCCUAUCACGACCUCUUCAUCGCCCAGACCAUCCUUCUCACGAACCUCAUCAACCCCAAUCCUCCUCUCAAACGGUAAACCACUCAAAUCAUCACUCAAAUCGUCCUCUUCCUCCCCCAACAUCCCAUUCCCACCUCAGUCCCUAGUCCCGUCCAUGAUGCAUCAUCAUCACCACCACAACCACUCCCAUCAUCUGAGAGCAGCAUCGGCACCAACAACGCCGCACCUCCCUUCGCCCCCAUCCUCCCCUACCCAUUCAGACAGCCCACCCCAAACGCCCUCUGCACAUCCGAAAAACGUGCACUUCCCAUCGCAGGAAGAGGGCGGACUGGCUACUGUACGGUUGUUCAAACGCUCUGCGAAGCCAGCUGCGUUGUCAAAGCCGGAAGGAGAGGAAACGGAGACGGAGACGGAGGGCGAGAGCUCUGCUGUCGGUGCUAGUGGUUGGCGGUCUUAUAACAACAACAAAGGGGGGUAUCCGUUCCCUCGAUCUUCGUCCUCCCCAUCUCCAUUGGCUACAUCAGGAUUAGGGACGACGACAUUCGAAAUAGACACAAAGAACUCGAGCCCGGUGCCUUCCCCUUCCUCUUCUGGGAAUAACAUACACUUGGAAAGUUUGGUGUUCAAGACGGAGAGGAUGAACCUCUCCGGAACGCUCCUCGUCCGGAACUUGGCGUACGAAAAAGUGGUAGCCGUUAGGUUUACGUUGGAUGAGUGGGAUACGACGAGCGAGGUGUUGGCCAAAUAUGUUGUUUCUCUUCCUUCCUCCCCCGCCACCUCUGUUGGGAUGACGCUUGGUGAUGUGGUGGCGCCGACGAAUGUAGAAGGAUGGGAUAGAUUUGGGUUCUCGAUCCGUUUGGAAGACUACGCUCAUAACCUCUCCGAACGGACGAUGUGGCUUGUGGUCAGGUAUGUUACGGAGGGUGGUGGAGAGGGGAAGGAGUGGUGGGAUAAUAAUGGGGGUGAGAAUUAUCGGGUUUCGUUUCAUGUGAAGGAGAAGGAGGGAAGGAAGAGGCAGGUUGCGUUGAGUGCUCCUCCGUCGUUCCCACUCCCACCUAAACUAUCUUCUUCAUCCUCGCUCCCUCCUUCAUGGACCGUUCCUUCCUACCCCUCCACCACCACAUCCCCAGCAACAACAACAACACUAUCACAAGCAAAAGCCCAAACAACGCUAACCCGCCUCAAAAAACUCAACCUUCGGAACUACGCAGCGCCGGGGAGUGUGGGCGCAGCAGCCGCUGCCGCCGUUAUAUCCUUCCCCCCUCGUCAAAGUCAAGUUGGCGCGACUUCCUCCUCCUCCCCACCUAUAGCCACAGAGUCGAAGCUGGAAGGAACGGCAACGAGCGAGUCGUUGACGACCACCCCGCUUACGAGUCCGUUACAUACGCCUGUGGGGGAACAUAAUGCGUUGCCUCUUCCACUCGUUCAUGGACAUGAGAAAGCGGGCAAGCAGCUGAAGGACGGGGAGGAGGGGGAGGACGAGGAAGGGUGUGGAUUGCCGGUUUCGUUGUCUCGUCGUGGGCGAGAACGCGAAGAAGGUCUGGGUGGGAUGGGUAUCUCCCCACGCGAAGGCGUGGGUAUGGAUAUCAUCUCUGGUCCAGGAGCGGGGGAGAUGAUGAAUAUAGGUGUUUCCCCGCCUUUUUCUUCGUUUGCGUUUGGUAGCGGGAACGGGAACGGGAACGGGGGUGGGAUGCAUUGGAGUUGGGGUGCCUCGCCUGUUCCCCGCAAGUCUACUGAACCCUCAACGACUACGCCAAAAUCGUCCCCACCACCGCCCUUCCCAACAACCAAACCCAAAACGACCCUCCCCGCGCUGUUGUUGGAUAAUAUACGCAAGAAGAGUACCCAUUCUCCGCCUAGGUCGCCUGUUCCACGUAGAGAGGGGAGGGAGAGGGAGGAGAAGGCCCCGCCGGCUUUUUUACUCGAGGGCGGCGGGUCGGCGUCGUCAAGUGGAAGUGGGAGUGAGACGCUCUCACAGGAAGUGGAUGAGGAGGAGGAUGAAGAGGAGGAGGAGGAGAGCGUACAAGUCCAAGUCCCAGUACCGAUUCCAGCGUUUUCGUAUACGCCCCCUACGCCACGCAAGGCCGCCCACCACUCGACACACUCCAAUUCGCCGUCGCCCUCUUUGCAGACGCCUUCACCGUCGUCUUCGUCUGAUGAGAUAUACCAGGCUUUCGUGCGUCAGUGGUGUUUUGCGCAGGGACCUGCCCAUUCUAUUGGUGGUGUGGGGGAGAAGAUGGAGAAGGGGGGUGUUGUUGGUUGA